UUUGUAGUUUGAUAGAUUGGAGGAUGAGUUUCAAUGGAAGAAUUUACAUUGUGUGCUGUAAAGGAGAUUUCUUGAGAAGAAAGUACGGGUAAAUAAGGGUACAGAAAGCAAGAAUUUUCCAAAGAAUAAUUCUAGUCAGAUCAGACCCCACAAUUCAAUAUCUAUCUUCUCUCUCACUCAUCUCUCUCUCUCUCUCAACUUGUUUUUGUUUCCCUCUCUAUUUUAUAUCCUUUCAAACUCUUCAAAAACCAGCAAUUUCAUUUUACUUUCUUUCAAUGGCCAUCCUUUUAUUAUUCCCAUCUAUAAAGAUCCCUCCUUUUUCCCAAAUUCCCUUCCAUUGAAACCAGAAAAAAAGAAGGAAAAGUUACCUUUUCUCUCUAUUUCUUGCUUCGCUGCAUAUUCCAUUAACCAAUGGACGCUGAAUUGAAAAACCAGGGACUUAAGAGACUGAGAUGUUCAGUCCAGAAUUAUAAUUGGGGUAAAAUUGGGUCUGAUUCUCAGGUCGCAAAGCUUUAUGCUCUGAAUUCUGGGUCUGAAAUUGAAGUUGAUAAGCCUUAUGCCGAGCUUUGGAUGGGGACCCAUGAUUCUGGGCCUUCAUUUGUUGUGGAAAGUGGUGGGGAGAAUGGGAUUGGAAUUGGGUCUCAAAGUCUGAGUUUGAAAGACUGGAUUGCUAAGAAUCCUAAUGUGCUUGGUGAUAAGGUUCUUGAUAAGUGGGGUUGUGAUCUCCCGUUCUUGUUCAAGGUACUUUCUGUGGCAAAAGCAUUAUCAAUUCAGGCUCACCCUGACAAAGAAUUGGCCAAAAUGCUGCACAAGUUGCAGCCAGAUGUUUACAAGGAUGAUAACCAUAAGCCGGAGAUGGCAUUGGCCAUUACUGAGUUCAAGGCCCUUUGUGGUUUUAUCAAUCUUAAGGAGCUCAAAGCUGUUCUUCAGAACAUUCCUGAGAUUGUAGAACUGGUUGGCACUGCAGAUGCAAAACAAGUCUUACAUGUAAAUGAGCAGGAUGGGGAGGAAAAAGUAAAAUCAGUUGUGAGAUCAAUAUUUACCCAACUCAUGUCAGCUAGCAAAGAGAUGAUAACAGAAGUGAUAUCUAAAUUGAAAAUUCGAUUGCACAUGGAAAGCCAGGUGAGACAGUUGACAGAUAAGGAACAGCUGAUCUUGCAGUUAGAAAAGCAAUAUCCAGCUGAUAUUGGUGUCAUCUCAGCCUUCUUUUUCAAUUAUGUGAAGUUAAAUCCUGGUGAAGCAUUAUAUCUUGGUGCAAAUGAACCCCAUGCAUAUCUUUAUGGCGAGUGCAUUGAAUGCAUGGCAACAUCAGAUAAUGUUGUGCGGGCUGGCCUUACUCCUAAGCAUCGGGAUGUCCAAACUCUUUGUUCAAUGCUUACAUACAAACAGGGCUUCCCUGAAAUUCUGAAAGGGUUUCCACUAAGCCCAUAUAUUAGAAGAUACCUCCCGCCUUUUGACGAAUUUGAGGUUGAUAGCUGCAUUCUGUCUAAGGGGGAAUCAACAGUGUUCCCUGCAGUCCCAGGUCCUUCCAUCUUUGUGGUCACAGCUGGGAAGGGAAUGAUGCACACAGGAUUAUCUAAAGAGGUUGUCGGUGAAGGGGACGUCCUAUUUGCACCUGCCAACAUCGAGAUUAAUGUAACAACUUCAUCUGAGCUACGUUUGUAUAGGGCUGGAGUGAAUAGCAGGUUCUUCCAACGCUUGUGAAUGGGAAGACAAAGCAGCUCUCAGUUUUAGUUUGGUAAAUUGUUAGUUUGAUUUAUGCCUUAUGCUUAUUUAUUGCUAGCAUUAAAUUAUUCCUUUACAAUGUAGUAUAAUUAAUAAUAGAACUUGCAUGUAAAUGCCAUGAGAUAUAGUAAAGUUAUACGAAGAAUCAUUCCUUUUCAA